AUGUUAAAAUCAAUUGUGUGUUCAGCUUCUAAACGUUCGUUACAUCAAUCGACUACUUUGCAAGCCGUUAAGAAGCAGCACGAUGUGGUUGUUAUUGGUGGAGGUCCUGGUGGAUAUGUUGCUGCUAUUAAGGCAGCACAGUUGGGAUUCAAUACAGCAUGCAUUGAAAAGCGUGGAAGUUUGGGUGGCACGUGUUUGAAUGUUGGAUGUAUUCCAUCGAAGGCGCUUUUGAACAACUCGCAUAUGUUCCACCAAAUGAAACAUGAUGCCAAGCAGAGAGGUAUUGAUGUGAAUGGGUCAGUGGAUAUAAAUAUGGGUCAGUUCCAGAAAGCAAAGGACACAGUUGUUAAGCAGUUGACUGGUGGUAUCGAGAUGUUGUUCAAGAAGAACGGGGUUACUUACUACAAAGGUUUGGGCUCUUUUGAAGAUGCGUAUAAUGUAAAGGUUUCCCCAGUUGAAGGUCUCAAGGGGUCCGUUGCUGAGGAUACCAUUUUGAAUGCAAAGAAUAUUAUUGUUGCCACUGGUUCUGAAGUUACUCCAUUCCCAGGUAUUAAGAUUGACGAGGAAAGGAUUGUGUCUUCUACUGGUGCUUUGUCUCUUGCUGAAGUUCCAAAGAAGUUGGCUAUUAUUGGUGGUGGUAUUAUUGGUCUAGAAAUGGGUUCCGUUUACGCUCGAUUGGGGUCCGAGGUCACAGUGAUUGAAUUCCAGCCUCAGAUUGGUGCUACCAUGGAUGGCGAAGUUGCCUCAACCACUGAAAAGUUCUUGAAAAAGCAAGGCUUUUCCUUCAAACUAGGUACCAAGGUUCUUUCUGCUGAGAGAAAUGGCGAUGUGGUUGAUAUCAAGGCAGAAAAUGUGAAAUCUGGAAAGGUAGAAUCCUUGCAGGCUGAUGUUUUGUUGGUCGCUAUUGGUAGAAGGCCAUACUUUAACGGCCUAAACGCUGAGAAUUUAGGUCUCGACAUCGACCAACGUGGCAGGUUGGUCAUUGACUCUCAGUUUAGCACUAAAUUCCCUCAUAUCAAGGUUAUCGGUGACGUUACUUUUGGUCCAAUGUUAGCCCACAAAGCAGAGGAAGAAGGUAUUGCGGCAGCGGAAUAUAUCAAGUCUGGUCAUGGCCAUGUAAACUACGCUAAUAUUCCUUCAGUGAUGUAUUCUCACCCAGAGGUUGCGUGGGUAGGUAAGACUGAAGAACAACUAAAGGAAGCUAGCAUCUCUUACAAAGUCGGUAAGUUCCCAUUCAUGGCCAACUCUAGAGCAAAAUCCAACUUGGAUACUGAAGGCUUUGUCAAGAUCUUGAUCGAUGCUGAAACUGAGCGUCUGCUAGGUGCCCAUAUUGUUGGUCCAAACGCAGGCGAAAUGAUUGCUGAAGCUGGCUUGGCUUUGGAAUAUGGUGCUUCUGCUGAAGAUAUUGCCAGAGUCUGCCACGCACACCCAACUCUAUCUGAGGCAUUCAAGGAAGCAAACUUGGCCGCCUUCUCAAAACCUAUUAACUUUUGA